AUGUCUUACGACAAAGAUUUGAUGGCUAAUUCAUCUUUGGGAAAAGCAUGGCGAGCUGCGAAUGAUCAAUUAUCGAAAUCCGAGUAUGAAAAUAUUAAUCUGACGAUGGUCUGUGAGGAGCUGGAUAACUGGGUCGCAAAUGAUAGCCUGAAUCUAAGAAGGAGUUUGUCCUUGAGUGCAUCUUCGAUCCUUGUACACGGAGCGUGUCGGUUCUACAGAGAUGAAACUGAUAAAUUGUUAAAAGAUGCAUCCAAGUUGAGUCAGCAAAUCAUGCUAAGCCAUUACCAGUCUGAUGCAUCAAGUUCAGAAGAUGAUGACGAAUCUUUUGAUACAGACGAGACUAGAGAGUAUAAAACAGAAGAUACUUCAACUAUUUUACAAAGAAAAAGACCUAUGGAAACAGACAACAGGUCAAAACAAACGAAACGGGUUAAAUUAGAUGCUCAAAGUAACUCCACAAAAUCUAACUCAGAUAACGAUGGAUCUGAUCAUAAUCUCGAUGGAGUAGUCAGAGGAAGCACUCAUUUAGUUGAGGAAUGUAAUGUACCAUCAAACUCUAAUUUGGAGGUAAAUUUGUUUAUAACAAUAUAUUUUUUAGACGUGGUAUGA